UAUCCGGUGUGGCGUUUGCGCACGUCGUUUGACGUCAUCUUCACCAAUCUCGGCAAAACACUGGCGGCUCGUCUCGAAGUUUGUUUGGCGAACUUCGGAGUUGCUGUGUGUGUGUGUUUUUUUUGCAGCUGAAAAGCCAAAAUUGGAUCGAAGCUGGCGCGCGCGCGUGUACGCGAGCGCAGGCUGUCUUCAAAGUGCUCUUUGUAGCACACGACGUGCACUGACCCGCUUGAAGGAGCAAACAACAGCAGACAUGCUUGGGGAGCUUCUACUCUUGGUUCUGCUGAGUUCGGACGGGAUGUGUGCAAGCGGUGUGACAUUCAUCAAACAUCCUAUCAAUCAGACGGCAUCUCAAGGAAACGCAGUCCGUCUGGGCUGCGCCGUGGAAGGUUUGAUGGAACCCGACAUCAUUUGGAUGAAGGAUGGACGCAAGCUGCUCACCACUGACCAGAUGUUCAUCAUGCUGGGAGAGAAGCACUGGGAGACCUUCCAUAGUGUGAAGUCCGUUCAGCAGCAGGAUGCAGGUCAGUACUGGUGUGAGGUGGACUUCCACGGGUUGACGUUGUCAUCCCAACGGGCUUGGAUCACAGUCGAAGGUGUCCCGCACUUCAUCCAGGAGCCGCAAGACGUGGCCACACUUCCGGGCACGCCUUUCAACCUGACUUGUGGCGCCAUUGGCCCGCCUGAGCCUGUGGAGGUUCUGUGGUGGCUAGCAGGAGUCCAGGAGGGCAAUGCUAGACCAUCCCCCUCGGUCCUUCUGGUCCCAGGUGUCAACAGCACCGUCAAGUUCUACUGUGAAGCCAGGAACGCUCGUGGAAUCUCUGUGUCCAGAACCGGAACCAUAUACAUCAAAGAGUUGCCGUCAGCGCCUGUUGGACUGAAAGUUACUGUGAUGGCGGCCAAUGAUGUCAUGUUGUCCUGGCAACCAGGAUUCACGGGUCAUUCCAACUUGUACACCUGCGUCAUCCAGCUGUUAUUGCUGUCUCCUGGGAGGCGGGAACUCCCGGAUGAAGAGGUUGUGGUUCCUCCUCACCAACAUGUCCUCUCUGGACUCAACAGUCAUUCCAACUACAGUGUCAGAAUUUCCUGUCUAAAUGAAUUGGGGGGGUCGCCUUUCUCCCCCUGGACACACUUCCUCACGCCUGAGUCAGUGCCCUCCACAGCUCCUAGGAACCUGACCUUUGACCUCUCUGAGAAGCAGCUGAGUCUAAGGUGGGCGGAGCUUGAUGAGGAAGAGCUUCAGGGCAAGCUGCUGGCCUACAAGGUGCAAUGGACUCUGGGAGGAGAGCAUCAGGAGCCUCUGCUGUUUAAGGAGACCUGGGCUCACCUGUCUGGGGCGGGUCGUUUCUUUAACGCAUCUGUCCAAGUGUCGGCCUGCACCGUUGUUGGAUGUGGACCUUGGAGCCCCCCAGUGGUGGUACUCCCUACUGCAGGCGUUCAUGUGCAGCGGAACCACAUUUGGGUCUGUGUCCUUUUUGGACUGCUGGCGCUGACAGUGCUGGCACUGCUCUUUUCCAUUUGUGUUCGCCAGCGUGGGAAGGAGACACACUUUGGUUGGGUUUUCCAGCCCGACAGCGCCAACAGUUCAGUCUCCUUCACGGCCGCUCGCUCCUUUAGCAGAAAUGGUGGGGACCUGCAGCAGUCUACACUGGACACACUGUGCAUCAGUGAGGAUCUCAAGAACAAGUUGAAGGAUGUUCUGAUCCCUGAGAGGCUACUGGUACUUGGACACAUGCUUGGCAAAGGUGAGUUUGGUUCAGUGCGAGAGGCGUUCCUGAGGACAGACGACUCAUUGGUCCAGAAGGUGGCAGUCAAAGUUUUGAAAUCUGACAUCACCUCGUCAGGUGACAUCGAGCAGUGUCUGAAAGAGGCGGCCUACAUGAAGGACUUCCAACACCCCAACGUCAUUCAGCUUAUUGGAGUGAGCCUGCACCAACGUCCCGGCCAGCGUUUGCCCAUCCCGAUGGUGGUUUUACCUUUCAUGAAGCACGGAGACCUUCACACCUUCCUCCUCUUGUCCAGACUCGGAGAGCAGCCAUUUGACCUGUCCACGCAUGUUCUGGUCCAGUUCAUGUUGGACGUGUCUCGUGGGAUGGAGUACCUGAGCAGUCACAAUAUCAUCCACAGAGACCUUGCGGCCCGCAACUGCAUGCUGGAUGAGAACAUGGUUGUAUGUGUGGCAGACUUUGGCCUUUCCAAGAAGAUCUACACAGGAGAUUACUACAGACAAGGGUCCGUUUCCAAGCUCCCUGUCAAAUGGAUCGCUUUGGAAAGUUUGGCUGACAAUGUCUACACCACGCAGAGUGACGUGUGGGCGUUUGGCAUUACCAUGUGGGAGGUCAUGACCCGGGGUCAGACUCCGUAUCCGGGUGUGGAGAACUCUGAGAUCUACGAGUAUUUGAUCCGAGGAGAACGCCUGAAGAAACCUGCUGAGUGUAGACAAGACAUCUAUGACAUCAUGCACAGCUGCUGGAGUCCCGUCCCCAAAUGUCGGCCCACUUUCCAGCAUCUGGUUGGCCUGUUGGAGGCACUGUGGCUAAGCUUGUCCCCGUCCGGCUCCCACAAGGAUUCCUUACACUACGUCAAUGUGGAAGGGGAGGAGACGGAGGUGGGCAGUGUGGGAGGCGUUGCCCAGGGUUCACAGGAGGGGGACAGGUGGAGCACCCCUUGGAAGCGCAGUAUAAAUGAAGAGCAGGAGGAGGAGGAUUGGCUGAUGACGCCAUCUGGCGCUGCGUUGGCCAUCGGAGGAGGAGACUACAGGUACAUAGUGGACCCAUGUGGGGGGGAGGGGGGAGAUGGAGCUAGACUGGAGGAGGACGAUGACGUAGUUAUUCAUGUGUGAACACGCCUGAUUGGACUCAAGUGGGGGGGGGUCAGCUGAUGGGAUGACCUUUGAACUUUGGCCAAGAUUGUGUUUACAACUUGUAACUGGUGAAUAUGCUCAAGGCUCAUCCUAACAACACCUGACAAGAACGUCUGUAAUCUCUGCCAAGGUCAUUGUGUGCAAUCAGUCCUUUGUCCUUAGCAUCCCGCUACUCCCUGCUUCAUGGACAAUGAAUGACAUCAAAAGUGCGCUUAUUUUGAUUUUAUUCUAUAAGAUGCAAGGAUGGACAUGGAAGGAUGGACUUCUUGUGCACCCCUUCACAAACUUUCACAUUGUGUACUUGUGUAAUUAUGCUCACAAAACUAAUGAAGCUAAUUGGUAAUUGAAGAAUAGCAUUUAUUAGCCGGGUGAUGACUCUAACCUGAUGCUAACGGGUGAUGCUAACAAACGAGUUAAGAGGCUGAAGAUUUGACAAAUCAAGCCUCGUUAAUUGUCCCAAUACAUAACUAUACAUGACCAUUAUUCAUGACUAGUAGAGCAUACAUACUGUAUAAUGUACAUGACUACUAGUGUAUACAUGACUAUAACACAUGAAUAAUACUGUCCAAAUGACUACAUAACUGUGCAUGACCAGUAAAUGAAUACUGUAUACAUGACUACUAUCCUUCACGGCAGUCCAUAUGUAACAUUGUGGAAAAAGUUGCAUCUGCCAAUUACUGACCUGAAGGGGAUGAAUACUUAUACAGUCAUUUGCUUUAGGUUUUUUAAUUAAUUGAUACCAGUUUGUAAAAUUUGCUGCUAAAUGUGAAAUGUGAUUCCCCCCGGAAAUUUCUGGUGUUACCCCUGUACAUAUAUAUAUUACAGUACAUAUUAAUUUGUAAUAAAUUUGCGAAGUGUCAGCAGGAUCAGUGACUACCAUCUUGUUUUCUGUUUGUAGAAGACUUUACAAAAAGAUGCUUCUUUUGAACAUUCAGCCAGCUUUAGAUCGAUUGCUAUAUGUGUAUAUAGAUAGUCCAUUGAGGAUAGCACUGCAUUCUACAUAUGUGUAUACUAGAUGCUACACUGAGGAUUGUAGUGUAUACUAUACUUAAUAAACGUACAACAUUG